AUGGCCUUGUUGACUGGCUCCGGUUCGCUCACUCCCAAACAUGAUUCCUCUGGCCUCUCUCCUUCUCGAAAGACUCAAGCCUCGAGCGUCCUUUCAGAAUCGUCGUAUAAGACUGCUCCUCUCCCACCGGGUGUCUACGCCAAUAAAGCCUCUGCACGCGCCUACACACAGCCCCCAAUGGCGUCUUCGCGCUCUCUCCAUCCUAUUUCCCCAAUCACGUACAAGAAUCGAUUCUCGAACAUGACCGCAUCUCCGCCAUGUCUUCCUUCUUCUACGCGAAUGAGUCCGUCGCCCAUAGCCUCACCUGGCUCGAACAGACCUCAAGCUACCUGGCUUUCAUCGAUCGACGACACACGCGACGAUGAGAACGGUGGGAAAUUCUUGGUCCUCAGUCAGACUGCAUUUCAACUGGGUCAAUCUAAUACCACAUUUUCAGAGGCUGAAGAGAAACAGAGGAUUGUACAUGCAAAGGAUGAUGGAAUAUGUAUUGAUGAUCUUGAUGAGGGGUCCGUACCUGCGGUGCCCAAACCAGAAGGGCAUCGAGGGUCUCAGAAUCCGGGCGGCGGUUAUUGCAAGAAGUGUCGAAGAUCAGAGCGAGACAAGAGAGGCUCGAAAGAAGCGUAG